AUGAAGUUGCAUUUGGCCACUGGCCUCAUCUGCUUGCUCGCUUCCACUGAUGUAGUGGUGGCUUCCAGCUGGUGGAGCAAGGCUAUCUACAACAAAUGGCAUGAAACUGAGCUUGAGCGAUGGCUCUCGGACCAUAAUAUCCCCCACCCCAGUCCUGCCGACCGCCGUGACUUGGAGAACCUGGUCAAAAUUAACUGGGAUAACAGAGUGCAGAAGCCCCUUGGACAAGCUGCCGAUAAUAUCAAUCAUGAGCUGCACCAUGCCAGAGAAUGGAUAUUUGACACUUGGUCCGACUCUCAGUUGAAGGCAUUCCUUGAUCGCCACGGCAUUCCUUCCCCCCAGCCCCGCCGGCGUGACCUUCUGAUCAUGACCGCGCGUGAGAACUAUGAGAAGAUCGCCACCAAGAUUGGUGAAGCGGCUUCCUACCCCGGAGACUGGCUGUAUGAGGAGUGGUCUGACUCGGAUCUCAAGGAAUGGCUCGACGAGCGUGGAUGGCCGGUGCCUCAGCCGUCCUACCGUGACAAGCUCAUUGCAUCUGUUCGCCGCAACUCGCGCGUUAUCAGCUUGCAGUCUCAGAGCAUUGCUGCUUCAGCAUCCGCCGAAGCUAAGGCCGCCAAGGAGACCCUGAGUAAUCAGCUUUUUAACGCCUGGUCUGACUCGAAGCUGAAAGAAUAUCUUGACGAGCAUAAUGUCAAGGUGCCUCAAGGCUCGAAGCGCAAUGAACUCAUUGCUCUGGCCCGAAAGAACCGUCACUAUCUUUCCGGUCAGGUGUCAAGUGCCUCUUCCGCUGUGGAAGGUGCGUUUGGUGCUGCUACCACCAAAGCUGGGAAUGAAUAUGCAAGCGCUACCGAUUAUGCCAAGCUGAAGAUCGAGGAUGCUUUUGAGACUGCGCUGAAUGGCUGGUCGGAAUCCCGCCUGAAGGCGUUCCUUGAUGCCCGAAACAUUCCCGUCCCUCAGAAUGGCAAGCGGGAUGAACUCGUUGCUAAGGUCCGCGCCAGCGCCCACAAGGCUGCCGGUGGAUGGAACCUGUACAACUUUGAUACUUGGGAUAAAGAACAUCUGGUCAAAUACCUGUCUUCGGUGAAUCACAAGGCUGCCCAGCAGGCUGAUGCCUCACGCGAAGAGCUUAUCAAGAGUGCCCAAGACUCCUACGCCAAGGCUUCCAUGGCUGGCGGGGCACAGUACGCCUCUGCAACUGCUGCUCUCGCGCAGGCGACUGAAACAGCUAAGGAUGCCACUUUCGAUCAAUGGUCGCAAUCCGAGCUCAAGAGAUACUUGGACAACUACGGUAUUCCUACCUACCAGGGCUCGAGUAUCAAUGAGCUCCGAGCUGCAGCCCGGCGCAACGCUCAGUAUUUUAAGUACGGCACCACAAGCCCCCAAGCUACCAUUUACGCCAAGAUCAUGGAUACUUUGCAGUGGGCUGUGGAUCAGUUGAAGAUCGGCGCUGCCAGCGGCCGCGCCCAAGGCACUGAAGCUGCUGAAAAGGUUCAGAAGAAGGUCUCCGAGCACACGGAAAGACUGCGUGAGGAGCUUUAA